AUGCCAACUCAAUUCUCUUCAAAACUUUUGCAAGACUAUUCUCAACUGCUUGACAACGCGGAUGAUUAUAAUGUUAGUAUUCAAGUUGGUGAAGGUUCGAACGUAAAAGAAUUUCGAGCCCAUUCAAACAUUUUGAGGGCGAGAUAUAUUUACGCGGGAAUUCUUGAUUUAGAAAAACAAUCAGGUUCCGACAUUCUAGGACUUUUGAUAGCAUCAGAUGAACUACUUCUUGAUGAACUGAUCUCUUACUGUCAGAAUCAUCUUAUCGAAGAAAAAGCCAAUUGGUUGAGGCUUAACAUCGUUCAAGUCUUGCAAACAGUUAUUAAGCACGAUAGGUGUAAAAAGCUUCAAGAUCAUUGCCUAGAAUAUAUCUGUCAAGACCCACAGUCAUUCUUUUCCUCGAGAAAUUUUCAAUCUCUGGAUAGAGAUAUUCUUUACGGAUUACUAUCACGAGAUGAUCUACAAUUCGAGGAGAUAGAAAUCUGGGAGCAUCUACUCAAAUGGGGAAUUGCCCAAAUCUCAGUUAAUGAUAAAGUAUUUACCGAUGUUACGAAGUGGUCAGAUAAGAAUUUCGAUGCAUUAAGAAAAUUCGUAGAACCUUUCAUACCUCUAAUUCGUUUUUUUGAGAUAACUUCCAAGGAUUUUUAUUAUAAGGUUAGACCAUACAAAAAAAUCAUUCCACGGAAUAUCUACGAGGAUGUCAUGUCAUACCAUCUGGCAAGCACAGAACCAAAGACUCCAAAUUUGACUCCAAGAAUGGGACGAUGGAAAAUUGAUUCAAACAUUAUUAAAUCCAAGCAUGCCGCAAUUCUGGCAAAUUGGAUUAACCGAAGUGAUAGCAAGUUUGGAAUCAAAAAAAAAAUUCCUUAUGAAUUUACGCUUCUUUAUCGUGGUACUCUUCAUGGAUUCAAGGAUGAAGUGUUUCGUGGUUAUGUUAACAAUCAGGGCUCUGCCAUCGUGGUAAUUAAAGUCAGGGGAUCUGGACAAAUUAUCGGAGGAUAUAAUCCAUGUGGAUGGAUUUACAGAUGCAUUCCCAAUUGGACAAGUACAUUUGAUAGUUUCAUUUUUACCUUUGGAAAUGGAAAGACGAAUGCAAACAUCAAGGUUAGCCAUGUAAACAACCCCGAUUAUGCCGUCUACGAUAAUGCGAACAAUGGUGCACAAUUCGGACAAAGUGAUUUGGUUAUAAAGAAUGCAAUGGGUACGUGUAACCUUCAUUCGUAUGAGGACAGUAUUUUGGAUACAAACAGUUUCAUUAUCGAAGAAAUCGAAGCUUUUAAGAUUGCAGAAAAAAUAGAUGCAAAUGCUUAG